GCAAACCUUUUAAAACAAGAAUUUCGGCAUAUCCCCAUCUUUCCGAGUUCCGACCCCGGAAUUCACAAGUUGAGAAAACUAUUUAAUCAUCAACUUUCAAAAGCACACCUUAAACCCUAAACCUUAAUUUCUCCUUCACAAACAAAACUCAAUCAAUUCACUCCAAAAUUCACGCAGAAUCCAUAAAAAUGGAGUCGGUUUUACGAUUCGAUUGCAAUCUGGGAGCCCUAGAUUCUCUCACAUCCGAUUCAAUUGACGAGAUUCUGGAAAGCUGGAACUGUUUCUGCUCUAUCACUGACGCACUUUUAAGCGACAAUGUUGAAAUUUCUGUUGAAGAUGAGUUCAUUUCGUAUGUGCAUUCUCUCUGUAACCAUAAUCUUCAUUCUCUCGUCCAAGACCACUUCUUUCAAUCUCUUGAGGUAGCUUUUGAGACAAGUGGUGCUUCAGGAUUCUGGCGGCAUUUUGAUGCUUACUUUGAUGGUUCAGUGUUGAUGAAUGAAGAGAGUGGAUUAGAGGAAGUGCUGUACAAAGCUUUGAAAGAAAUAACAUUGGUAAAGCAACGCCAGGAGAGAUCUUUGUUAAUGCUUAUUCAUAGUUUGCAAUCCCACAGGGAUAGUAUAUUGGCCAACAAAGAUAAUUCAGAUACAGCAAGAGUCUAUCUUCUUUCUAAAUACCAGCUAAUGGUGUCUUCAGUACUCAUGGCGUCUCUUCCACGUCAGUUUCCUGCAAUCUUGCACCAGUAUUUUAAGAGAAGACUGGAAGAGCUAAGUACUGUUAUGGAUGGAGGCUGUGAGGAAGAACUUCACGACAAAGAGAUGGAUGUGGAUGGGAAACGCAACUCGAUCUCUGAGGUUGGUGAGAUGGAUAUUGACGAACACUAUAAUCGGAAGAAACUAUCAGAGAACAGUUUAUUAGUCAAGAACAUUGGAAAGGUGGUUCAAGACUUGAGAAGCCUUGGAUUUACUUCAAUGACUGAGGAUGCAUAUGCUUCUGCUAUCUUUAUGCUAUUGAAGGACAAAGUUCAAGAUUUGGCUGGUGAUGAUUAUAGGAAUUCUGUACUGGACUCUGUCAAAGUGUGGAUUGAGGCCGUACCAUUCCAGUUCUUGCAUGCACUCCUUACUUAUCUUGGUGAUUCUGUCUGUCCUAAUAGCCCAUCUUCCGGUCUCAAGUCACCUUUGGCUUCACAUCCAUCUUCGUUCUACCCUGGUGUGGACACUCCAUCGGAAGGUCUCAUUAGAUGGAAAUUGCGGCUAGAGUAUUUUGCUUAUGAAACAUUGCAAGAUUUAAGGAUAGCCAAACUCUUUGAUAUAAUAGUCGAUUACCCAGACAGCUCACCAGCCAUUGAAGACUUGAAACAGUGUCUUGAUUACACUGGGCAACAUUCAAAAUUAGUUGAUUCUUUCAUCUCUGCCCUAAAAUAUCGCUUGCUUACAGCGGGUGCAUCAACUAAUGAUAUACUGCACCAAUAUGUUUCAACUAUCAAAGCACUUAGGACAAUAGACCCAGCUGGGAUAUUUCUUGAAGCUGUUGGCGAGCCUAUACGAGAAUAUCUAAGAGGAAGGAAAGACACCAUAAAAUGCAUUGUAACCAUGAUGACUGACGGAAGUAGUGGAAAUGCAUCUGGCUCGGCUGGAGAUAGUCUCCUUGAAGAACUAAAUAGAGACGAGGAAAAUCAAGAGAAUAUUGAUCUUGAUGAUGACUUUAAUGUUGAUGACAAGCAAGCAUGGCUUAGUGCUCAACGCUGGGAACCCGAUCCUGUGGAGGCUGACCCUUUAAAAGGAAGUAGGAACAGAAGGAAGGUUGACGUACUUGGGAUGAUUGUUGGGAUAAUUGGCUCAAAGGAUCAGCUAGUUAAUGAAUAUCGUGUUAUGCUGGCUGAAAAGCUUCUGAACAAAUCUGACUAUGAUAUUGACUCAGAGAUAAGGACUCUCGAACUCCUAAAGAUACAUUUUGGGGACAGUAGCAUGCAGAAGUGUGAGAUAAUGCUUAAUGAUCUGAUUGAUUCCAAGAGAACUAAUACCAAUAUAAAAAAGGCAGCUUUACCAAAGCCAUCUCAUGCAGGAGGUGAAAUGGGGAAAGCUGAAUUUUCUCUAGAUGCUCUUGAUGCUACAAUAAUAUCUUCAAAUUUCUGGCCUCCAAUCCAGGAUGAGCCUGUAAAUUUACCUCGGUCAGUGGAUGACCUUUUAUCAGAUUAUGCAAAAAGGUUUCAUGAAAUCAAAACACCUCGCAAGCUUUUAUGGAAGAAGAACCUUGGUGUUGUAAAGCUGGAAUUACAAUUUGAAGAUAAAGUUAUCCAGUUUUCUGUCUCUCCACUUCUUGCAGCAAUUAUUAUGCAAUUUCAGGACCAAACCCGUUGGACAUCGAAGGAUCUAGCAACUGCUAUUGGGGUUCCUAUUGACGUAGUCAACCGAAGGAUUAAUUUUUGGGUCAGCAAGGGAGUUCUUGCAGAAUCGGUGGGGGAAGAUUCCAAUGAUCACAUAUUUUCACUUUUGGAAGGGGCUGAUUCUAACAGAGCCGGUUUUCAUGGGGGUAGUAACGAUGAACUACUCAUGGGUGAUGAAGAUGGGGACAGAUCAGUAGCCACUGUCGAGGAUCAAUUACACAAAGAAAUGACAGUUUAUGAGGUAAGUUAUAUGAAAUAAAUCUAUUAUGUAGCA